CGGUGUGGGCUCUGGUGGUGCUGCUGUUGGCCGUGGCCUCCUACGGCCAGCGCACGGUGAUUGGUUUGGCUGGCAUCAUAUCCCAGGCCUCGACUACCUACUAACUUUGCUACACCCCCUGCCUGGUGAGUUCCUCGGGUUGUUGACACCAAGGCUGCGUUGGGUGGUGAAGGUCAAGGACCUGUUGCAAGAGGCAAAUGGUCAUCUACAACAGCAGGCAUCACCUAGCUUGUUCCCUUUGGGGUCUACCCAGCUGCACAUGGACAAUGGUACGCCUUACACGACUGCCGGUGCUGGUGGAAACAAGGAUUUCAGGAACGCUUGGACACGGAGAAGAGUAGAGCUGCGGUGGACUACUUGGCGUUGGCUGACUUGUGGGAGCACUUCGCUGAGAGCAGCGCCUAUGGCCUCGCCGUGCUUGUCCGCCUCCUCGGCCAUGUCCUACCUCUCCGCCAUCCAGCUAUACACAGCCACCAGCCUCACCAUCUCCAGGAGGAGCAUGGAGAGUGAAAUGGAUUCCUGGAGGGGUGUUGGCUGGCGGGGCUCCUGUUGGUGGCCGCCGGCCAUGCCUGUGGGGCUCCAGGUUGUGGCCGCCGUCCUUGCUUGCGGGGCUCCUGGUGGUGGCUGCUGGCCAUGCCUGCGGGGCUCCAGGUUGUGGCCACCGUCUUUGCUCGCGGGGCUCCUGGUGGUGGCCGUCCGAGCAACAAGGACAACAAGGGCGGGCAGACCAUGUGGCUCUCGGCUCCGCCGGACACCGCCAGGGGGAUCGAUGGAGGAAGGCCUGGUGUGGUGGUGGCCUCACCAGGAUGCUGCGGCCGACGACCACCUCCCCUGAUCUUCUCCCCACGCGCGCCGACAACAUCCCUGGAGGCUAGACCUGCUGCUACCGCCGCGCGCCAUCCACCUCUCUGUACCGCUGCUGCCUCCCAGUCCCGGAACGCUUGCACGGGCCGGACACGGAGAAGAGUAGAGCUGCGGUGGACUACUUGGCGUUGGCUGACCUGUGGGAGCACUCAGCGUAUACGGCCUCGCUGUGGUUGUCCGCCUCCUAGGCCAUGUCCUACCUCUCCGCCAUCCAGCUAUACACAGCCACCAGCCUCAUCAUCUCCAGGCAAUCAAAUGGAGGAGCAUGGGGAGCGAAACGGAUUCCUUCACUCAAUUAGAAACUUGUCAUCUUAUCAUAUACCCGUGGCUGCGGUUUAUGGCUCGGCAUCAACAUAGGUGGUGGAUGAACCCCUGGAGCCAACCUUCCACUUGUCUCUCGCGCCGAAGUAGAGACCGGUGGUGAUCUCUCUUGGCAGCGGAUGAGGGGCGCUGCUGGUGCCGCUAGA